UGGUGGUGGUGUGUGUGUAGUGAUUUUUGGAUGAAGGGAAGAGAGAAGUGCAGUGCCGAAGAAGUGGUGGGUAAUGUGAAUCUCGUGUGGUAGAACAGAGUUUCCGAGUUUCCUGUACGUACGUAUGAUGACACCGAGGUGGAGCACGGAGCAGCAGUAGCGCCACGCAAAAUUUGUUCAUAUAACAACAAAAUGUGACGUCACCGCACUAAACCAUAGCUAGCCGUGCCGAGCAGCAUCCAGUAGCCAACGUCAAAUCAGCUGUGGUGUGCCCGCUAUCUGUGCGCACCCGUCGCCUAAGCUUGUCUUCUAUAAAAAAAAAUGACAGCAUGGAGCAGGUAAAAGCCAAGAAGAAAUCUCGAAAGAAGCAACCUCUCCUGCCUGCUGAAACUUCCACAGGAUCAGCUUCUGUGACAACAAAUGUUAAAGCAAGUGAUGCCGUAAACAAACCAUUCUGUGACGGUAAGGCUGUUGACGCAUCCUCUCAGCACACUGGUGAUAACUGCGACGCAACUUUCGCAGCACGUGAUGAUGAGCGUCCAUCUGUGCACCCGGACAACGCCGAGUUGCUUUUAUAUGCUGAAGCCGACCAUGAGCGACUGAACGAAGCUGGCCACUUGAGAACUAGUACCGGGCGUGUAACGGAAGCGAUAUCGGAAGUUUUGUCUGAGGAACCGACUGCCUAUGAUGACACUGACUUACGACAGAGCGCCUGCGCUGCGGCUCAUCGCGAACGACAGAGCGAUGAGGAGCUUAGUACUGCGCAGUUGGCGAUGGCACCGACUACGACAGUUUCACCUGAGGUACGAACUGGAGAGCUUGGCACUGCGCAGCUGGCGGUGGCACCGAUCACGACAGUUCCACCUGAGGUGCCAACUGAAGAGCUUAGUACUGCGCAGCUGGCGAUAGCACCGAUCUCGGCAGUUGAACCUGAGGUGCCAACUGCCCCUGAUGAAAGUUUCGAUAGCCAUUACGCAUUUCCUAGCUCCCCUGGCGCGAAGAGCGCAGUGCGCUUCCAUAUUUCGGGCGUCGAAGAAAGUGCUGCAGUCACGUCCCGUAGUGAUGAUUCGCUUGGAAGAAACAAAAGCGUUGGCAGGCUGUACCCUGAGCUUUCAGAGGUGCCCGACACUCGAACGUCUAUGCGUCCAUUUACGGAGGAGCAAAUAAUGGCUUUGUACGAAAAUGCCUGGCUAAAGGAAAGAACAACCAUAGUGUCGGAAUUUGUGAGCCUUAAUCAAGAGAAGAGGCUGAACCAUCAUGAACUGUACAAGCUGUUGGAAAGCUACUGGCGGUCCAGGGAACUCCUAGUUGCGACAGUGUGCACCGUGCGGGAACUGGUAGAACACAUUGGGAAGCAUGAGACAUGCGUGUGGGACAUUGUGCCAGAUGUUGUCACUGGAAAAGGGAGGUGUGCAGAUAACAAGCGAGUUACUGGAGAGCAUUACUUUCAGCGUGCCUUGUAUAAUGAUGAUGUGGCAUCACUCAUGGCAUCAUCGUCUCAGAAGCUGCUCAAGGUACUCAGGGAGAAGCACGUCUUGUACAUGCACAAUGCUAGCACUCUGCGAGUCCAAAUCGAUUACUACUUCCAACUGAUCCUAGACAUUCCUACAUUUCGGGACAUACCAAAGAACAUGCCUAUUAGCACUGGGACACAGCCACAGCUAACAGAAGGUGUUGCUGAGCUGAGAACAUGCAUUAGUGUGCUCUUUGUGUUUUUGAGAAAGGCAGUUCAAGAUGAAGUGUUCGUGAAUGAUGUGCAGUCGUGGCUGCGUAUGCUGGCUAGCCUCUUGUUACGUGUAGCCUCAUUAGCAGACCACUUCUUCUUGCUGAGUCAUGUGUUGCGUUGUCCUCCAGGAAUACACAAGUGGGCCAUCAGCUUGGUCCAAGUGCCCAGUCCUUUACCAUGGCCUGAGCACACUGACUGGCACCAAGCUACCCUGGGCUGUCCACAGCUAGACUACGCCCUGGCAGCUCUGGCCACAGUUAUGUCGCCAAUAGAACAACGUGAAGAGUACUUGCGACCCCUGCAGAGUGCCUUGGAGGCUGCAGCCGGACAAGAUCCCUGGGUAGUGCUGGACUCUGAUGGCGAAGAGGAUGAGCCACCUUCGGUGGUUCAUUGGAGGGAAAAUGAUGUGGUGGCCCUGGUAAAUCAGGUACCCUUUGCUGCUAUCUUCCAACACCUCCUCUUUGUAAUACCUGAAGACUAUGAUGUGACUAGAAGUUCAGAACGAAGUAUUCUUAAGCUGAUUGCAGUGGCAUCACAGUUGGUCUCGAUUUUUCAUACUGGCCUAAAGACAUACAACCACUCAAAAUACAGGCAGUUAACAAAAAGAAUCAGUCGCUUGAUUCGUCACACAGUUCAGUAUGUGUCCGACCACUGGAGGAGCUUCCGGCUCAUGCAAACACAAAGUGCAAGCCACUCGGCUCUUCUGAUCCGGCUUCAAGUUGAGUAUGAUCAGUUCUUUCUGCGUGCAGUAAACUGCAUAUUCUACUCGCAGAGCACAGGUGCAUGGCAGUUUAUGGCUGUCCUUCCAUAUACUUCAGUGUCCACUGUUAUGCUCUGGCAGUUGCUGUGGCUCCUGCACAACAGUUACCAAGAGGAGGUGCAGCAAACACUUUUAGCUCCAAGUGAAAUCUGUGAAAAGCUGCAAGACAAAGGUCAUAAACUCUGCUUUGAAGAAAAACUGUGCAAUAUGCUUCAGUCAGAAGUGUUUUUCUUGAUGACUUCAUUUGCUAACAUGGCUGCAUCACGAGAGGAGGAAGGGCGUGCCUUCACACACAUUGUGGCCAUAGAAAUAUUUCAGAUUACUUACCUGAACCGGGACAUAAGACAGCAAUUUGCUAAAGAGGGACGAGACCUACUGUCGUCGCUUGCACAGAAACAACCAUGUGUUGUGUCAGUGCUACUGGAUGCAAUUGAUGACCACAUGAUGGCACUGGGCAUAAUGGCAUGCUACCUAAUGCAAGCCAUGCCACUACACUUAUGGCUUCCUGACAAACAAGACCUGGAUGUAAUUGCCCAUUUUCUCCUCUAUUACCCUCUUGACUCACCGCAGAGUCAGCUGGCUCGGCUGUUGAUUGAGAACCUCAAUUAUGGCUUUGGUGAACAGGGCCAACUUUUUCUUGAUCAAAGCCUGCACCAACAACUUGCAUUGCUGUUGCUCGAAGCCUACGAAAAGAUUUGUGUUCCAUUUGAAGCAGCAGGGUAUGUUUACAAACAGGUCCGCUACUUGUCCUACUUGGCCACAGGUACUGGCGAUUCUUCUACACCCAUGGGAUUUGUCUCCUGGACCUGGACAAUUUUGUUUCGACUAAAGCUGCAUGCUUUCGACAGUAACCAUCAAGGCCAACUGCAUCUUAUCUUGGAUGAAAAUCCACCCCAAGACAUUGCACCUGACUUAGAACAGUGUGAGUGGCUACACCCAAUUUUUCGGGCUAGCAAGGACCUCUGCCCUCCGGCCAUCUUCUUGUCCAUUUCUGUGGGGAGUGUCGGCCACUAUAGGGAGCAAGUGCUUACUACUGGCCUUAAGCUCCUGUCAACACUCACACUUGGUGAGCAAUUUGCAGCAGCAGUUAAGUGUAUCUGCCACAUUCUGCCACUCUUCUACUUGCGUCAGGAGAUGCUCACAACCAGCCAGCACUUUUUAGAAGAUUUACACCGCUUAGUGUUGGCUGACAACACAUACCUGGCAGCAGCCAAAAGCCUUGUGGGAUCAGAGCAGCCAGGUUGUGUGCUGAAGCAGCUUGCUGCUACAAUGACCAGCCACGUCUGCCAAGCAAAACACUGGGGCUUUCCGUCACUGCCCAUCAAACUUUGGAUAUUGCUGCUCUUUCACCUUCCAGACAUCCCCAUGCACAGGGCAAUGUACAAAACCAAGGGCAGGGAAAAUGUCAUGUACCUUCUGGAUGUUCUGGUGCAGCUGGCUUAUUUUGAGGCAGACUGUCUCGAGAGUGUCAUAGCACAGUUUACAGAACUGCUUGCCAACCUUACUGUGCCAGCAGCAUCGCAAUCUAUGGUGAGGACAGUGUUCUCCUAUGUGCUAGGCAGCCAGAUUGCCUCUUGGCCAGCCAUAGUGCCUCUACACUCUGUACCACAAUUUCCUUGGUUUGCCUUGGCAGGAAUGCUUGCAGAAGCCCAGCUGCCUGAAGUAGCCUCUGCUUGGAAAGCUUUUCUCUCCAACAUGGCACAGUCACCGCAGGUCUCAGUUGACAUCGUUGUCAGAAAAACAAUGCAAGCACCCGUCGAUGUUCUCUUGCUGUACCGGUGGGCACAUCAGGCCUUGCAGACCAAAGGAGACCACCAAGCUCUUCCUCUGAUAUGGCAACAGUUUUUCUUUCUCUACCUGCAGAGGUGCCCCAAUGGCAACAGUGUGGGCCCACGUUUUUUUGAGAGUGCUAAGUACUUUCCUUUGCUGAAAAAGAUCAAGCGGCGAUUAAAUGAGUUAGCAGACCAUUGCUUCCAACAGUGUGCAAUAGAAGAAGGACCAUCAAAGAACCUUUGUGAGUUGCUGCUCAAAAUGUAUCGUACGUUUGGCUUGUGGCUGGAAGAGCCUCGUCUUCAAACCACCAGCAUUGAUUUUAGUGCCUUGCCCUCUCAAUAUUGCCCUGAAGCACUGUGUUCUAUCAUUCAAGGAGACAACCAGCCUUGGCAUCACCUUGUCUCCAUGGAGAAAGGGCGACAUGAGCUCCAGAGCCUACAUCUGGCAGAGGAACCACAUAUCAGCCGCCCUUGCAGAAACAGGCAGCCCUGUGAGGACGCUCCUGAAGAGCGCAUCAUCUCUCGGCUCAAGACAUAUGAAGGGCCAAUGCCAGCACCCGCUGUACCAACAUUGCGACCCAUUAUUCCUGCUGUGCCUUGCCUUGCACCACAAGUGCAGGAGCUGGUGUCCACUCAGCUGAGAGUGCUACUAGGCCACGCGAGCACAGUCACUGACCAGCUAGACAAGCUAACCAAGCUGGAUCGUGUCUGCCGAGAGGAGCUGCUGCCUGCCCUCUAUGACAAUGUCUCCGCAUUUGUGCACCUGGCUGUGCCUUGUGACUAUCACGAAGAAUGCAAAGGCCCCCUUCACCUGAGAUUGCAGUACUAUGAAGCUUGUCAGGCUACGGGAAUUCUGCACAAUAUUGAGCAGAACAGAACUGAGUGGAUCGCCACCCUGACAGAGCUUCAGCGUCCCCCACCACAUGCCAGCUGUUGUGCACACGUGCAGCUAGAAGCUUGCCUUACUCAGUUGGUUCAACGGCACCGGCAAGCCUCUUCAGCCAACAAGGAAGCCCUAGAGGCACUUGGCAGUCAGUUGUUUUUUUGUUUGGUCGGGUCACUGCACAAGGAGAUGGUAGAACAUGCACCCACAAGACAGUUCAUAACAUUGUGCCUGGACAUGGUAGGAGAAGAGUUUGUGUCCAACCGGGCCAACCAAUGUCUGCCUGUGCUACUAGCAAUCCUUAAUGACCCAAGCAUCGUUGGUCAUGUAGCACCUUUCUUCAGUCCAACAGCAGCAAAUGAAGACCAGUAUGCCCUUAUGUACCAGUCGGUGAGUUCGUGCAUUGUACCAAGGCUGUAUAAUGCCGUCUUUGUGCUGUUGUCCAAGUUUGAAUUGCCAUGUUGGCUGACUAGCUGUCAACCCAAUAGAGCUGUACGGGAGCAGUUGCUGGAGUCUGUGGAGGUGGCUCUAUGCAAAUGUGGCAUUAAUCCACCACAAGCUUUAUUGCCACUGGUUGAAGUGUUCCAUGUACAUUUACAUAACUUGCUACGGUUUCACUUCCCUGAGCACUAUACAGUUGUUCUUGCUAUGCUUCUCAAAGGCACAGUAUCCUGCUCCAUUCCUGUGGCUACCUGGGGUGUCUUUCUACAGGCACUUGGCUACUGCAUGCCUGAUGAAGUAGCAAUGGCAUAUGAUGAGGAGUAUGCAAAGCAUCAGUGCUUCUUGUCUUUGGCUGAAACAACAGACACUAUAAACGCCACAGUUAAAUGUUUUGCUGCACUUAGAAAAUCUGAUGCAUCCACAGUUAAAAAUGGCUUGUACAGUCGAGUGAAACCUUUCCUGCCUGUGUUGCCUCGCUUUUUCGCUGUCACUGCACACUGCUAUAUUUGGGAAAAUCUUAAAGCUCCAGAUGACAACUUGCAAGAGGCUGUAAAGACUGUGCUACUGCUCUAUGGGCCCUGGCUGGAAUUAAGUGAGGGCAAGAGCAUGUGUGCACCAUGGCUACCGGGAAAUACUGAAGAGGCUGCCAUUAUGGCUAACUCUCUGGCUGCUGCACUGACCUUCUUCCACCGUUGCUGUCACAACACAUGGAAUGUCAAUGUCCUGUCAUUUGUCUGGCAGCAUUAUUUUGUCAAAUAUGUAUGGACCAACCCUCCAGAAUAUGUCAUUGUUGCACUCCAAGCUGCUCUUACUUCACUGCCAUGGUCACAGUUUUCUCCCUGUGUGGAUGACGUGAGGCUGGCUUGCAAGCUCUUGGAAGGAAAGUACUCCAGCCACUUAGACUUUUUGGUCAAAGUUUUUGUGGAAGUGCCUUGGAAAGAGUGCCUUCAUCAUGCACAGCAGCUAAUGCCUGAAUGUGUAGUGGAGUAUUACUCAUGUUUUGCUGAACUUGUAGCCACUCUUGCUUGGCGUGAAGAUAUGACCACAUUCAUAGCUAGCACACUUGGCUCCCUCUAUGAGCUUGAAUGGGGUAUUCUGCCUGUAGAACUGGUUCACCGCAUCCAGAAGAUAUUUGCCUGCAACUGUGAUGUGCAUCAACUUGUCAAACAGAGUAGCUGCACUAGCAGGGCAAUGCUGGAGUUUGUGGCAGUCGUGUCAUGCAUGGUACCUGGCAGCAGCAGCAGGGACCCAAGCAAGCAACUUGCAUUUGUGAGCUUACUUGUGGAACUUUAUGGGCCUGCUUUGCCAAUAGCUGAUGCCCAAGAUGUGGCACUGCUGCUGCCACAGCUGCUGGAUCAGUGUCAGUCAGUGCAAAGCUCCGUGGCAAUUCUGGGUCGGGCCCUCUCUCUUCUGGACAGUGCUAGCAAGGGCAGCACUCAAGAACAAGCAUUGCGUAGAGGCUUGCUACCCUGGCUUGACACACGCUCAGGACAUCCAGUUCUGCUGGCCAUACUAGCAGCAGCAUGCACCAACCUUGCCUCGGUGCAUCACCUUGUGUUUGUGACUGAGGCGUGUCUUUCAGCAUUCUUUGAGGGAAAUGCUGCCGCUGAUGGUGGCUGGAGGCAGGCAGCAGGUGCCUUCCGGGUGCCAGAGUUGACCGUGGCUGUCUUCAGGGAAGAGUGUGCUUGCCAGGCUGCGCACCUGACCCAGUUGUGCUAUGUGCUGUACUGUUUGCCGCAGUGCCGCUGCCCCGAAGAUGAGCGCAUUCUGUUGGACCAGCUUGCUGAUUGGGUGUGUCAAAGCCGGGCAGGUGGAGAGUCUGAACCCAAGCUGCUGCUGUUGUGGGCGAAGCUUCUGGCCUUGAGCUUUCGCCAGCUUGACUUUGGCAGCAGUCCGCAAGCAGUAGAUAAUCUCCUGGCAAAUGUCUGCUCAACAAUGAGCGUUUUAGGUGAAGAUCGUGACACAGGUGGCCUUCUUGGAGCUCUGGGUAUGGGCCGUCGGUCAACAGUGUCCUUGCGAUUCAGAUUCUGCUGCCGUGCUGUGGCUGCCUUUGUGGCUGCACGACUGGCGGAUAACACUGUUCUUGCAAGUCAAACCCUCUCACGACUUCAAAUUCUACAGACUACCAAAGCCUAUAUGCCACUGCAGCAGGAGAUCCAAGAAGCACUGAACCUUGUCCAAGACUCCAGCCUCACAUUGAGGGACAGCCUGCACCUUAUUCAGACCCUUGUGAACUUUUUUUACUGUGAAAAGGCCUACCUGCGAAUCCUAUUUUUUGGCAUCAUGUAAUUGUGUGUGCUGGACUUUUUAAAAAAUUCUGCUUUACGAUUGCAAGAGGUGUAAAUUGUGGUGCUGUAUCGUGCAAUAUAAUGCAAGAAGUUAAAUGUUAAUGGCUAUCAAUGUUUUGAGUACUCAUCUCUUACAAGGACGCUACAGCCAUUACUGUUCUGUAUGAAUGCAGCAACAGGAUGUGACCUAACCUCUUUUCAUGGUGCAGUAAAAGUUAAUGCAAGAAAUCAGACCAGACACAGUGACACCACAGCCUCUGACAAAAGGUACAACAGCUUACAACAGCUUGCCUUCUUUCCAAGCUAUGUCAUGCAUUCAAGACACUAGGAUUCUUUCUCUUGUUUCAGAAAAAGUGUGCUCAGACUUGCAUCUGCAUUUGGCAAUUGUUUCCUUUGUGUCAUAGAUGGGCAUAUAUCUUUGUAUAAAUCAAUGCCUUUGAAUGGCGGCUCAGUCCAUGCUUUUACACAUGGUGUAUGCGUUCAAGACACUACCAGUGUUUCUGUUGGUUCAGAAAAAGUGAGGUGAGACUUGCAUAUGUGUUUGGCAAUUGUUUCCUUUGUGUGAUAGAUGGGCAAAUAUCUUUGUGUAAAUUAAUGCCAUUGAAUGGCUGUUCAGCCCAUCCUUCUAUAUGUGCUGCUUGCACUGUAAGUGAAAUUAAAAGCAGUAGCAUUGCA